AAGAUGGCGUCAGCAUCGGAGCAGCAGGAUGGGCAGGAUACUGAACUGGAUGAAUUAUUAGACAGUGCACUCGAUGACUUUGAGAAGACAAACGUGCCCCCUGCGGCCCCUGAAGCAGCCUCUAAAAAUGCAGAGCCGAAAAGUGGGGAUAAGCCCCCUCUUUUGGAGGACACCAAAUUCUUUGAGUCUCUCUUCGAGGGGGAGAUGGUGAAUCAAGCACGAGAGGAGUGGGAGAAAGCCAUGGCUGAGCUGGCUCAAGAGGAGCCAGAGCUGCUGCAGCAUUUUCAGAAGCUGUCUGAGGCAGCGGGGAAAGUGGGUUCAGAUGCAGCUUCCCAACAAGAAUUCACUGCCUGUCUAAAGGAUACGCUUAGUGGUCUGGCAAAAAAUGCCGACAACUUGCAGAGCGCAGGAUUGGCUGGAGAGGAUCUGGUUAAGACUUUAGAAGGACUGGGAUUGGAUGAAGGGGAAGGUGGGGCAGAAGAUGGAAAUAUUCUCCCCAUCAUGCAGUCCAUUAUGCAGAACCUUCUGUCCAAGGAUGUUCUAUACCCCUCACUUAAAGAAAUCACAGAAAAAUAUCCUGAAUGGCUAAAUGCCAACAGACAGUCCCUUCCCCCGGAUCAAUACCGACGAUAUGAGGAACAGCACAGGAUUAUGGGAGAAAUUUGUAACCAAUUUGAGAGAGAGGGAGAUGGAGAGAGCAACUUUGAGAACAUUCUGGAACUUAUGCAAAAGCUACAAGAUUUAGGUCAACCACCAAAAGAGUUGGCAGGAGAAGCACCUCCUGGUCUGAACUUUGACAUGGAAUCUCUGCAUCUCUCUGGAGCUUCAGGGCCCGGAGCAGCUGACCAGUGCUCUGUCAUGUGAUCUCAGUGAGGUCGACUAGUUAGGGAAUGUAGCAAUAUCAGGCUGGCGAGAUUGGGCUGAACGCUGCCUUCAGUGUUCUCCCGUAUGUGGCGUUUGCCAGUGUGUAAGGUGGCACUUUGGGGCAGGGGGGAGGGGGGUAACAUUGUGAAACAAAAGCAUCCAACACCUUGUCUGGUCUUGACUGAUUCCACUUGGUAUGUUUUCCUCUCUCAAAAAGACACCGCUGUCUAAAUUUCAUCAUUAUGCAGUAUUUGUUUCACCUCCUGUUUUUUUUGGGGGUUUUUUUUGGUCGUCGUACAAGUAUGACCUGUUGGAUUCGACAGAGCUUCGUAGAUGAAAACGUUGCCUGUUUGGCACCAUUAAAAAAAAAGAUAGUUAACUGGUUUAGCAACCCCCAUUCUUAAGUUUUUGGAACGAGAGAAAAUUAAGCUGUGUGGGCCUGAUUGCAAGUCUUAAUUUUGCAGUCACGAAUCUGAAGGGUGUUGGAUCUUCUUCAUUUUGAUAAAUCGGCUUCUUGCUACAUAGAAUUUUAAAAACACAAAAAAAGUUAAAACCUCUGGACUUGUAAUCUUCGAUGUAAACCCUCUGGGAUUUUACAGUUUACGAAAUCUGAAAUAGUUAAGAUGUAAUAUUAGUAGUAUAAAAUUGUAUGUACAUAUUAAUCUUAUUUCAUGGUGGCCAUUUGUUUGGACCACUGUUUAAUCCGUUUACGUUUGAGUGGGAUUUAACGAAACGAAAACUUGCCAAGCGGCUCUCAGCUGCUACUGAUUGACAAUGGUUCUGUUCGUACGAUUUAAUCAUUAUGGAUUAUUUACCCACCCAGGUGUCUCCUGCACAACCUUACAACUGCUUUGACACUGUUAACAUUUUCAAUAUUUUCAAUACUGCCAAAGCUGCUGAGUGUUUCUGAAUUGUGCAUAGCUCUAACUCUGUAAUUCUGCACCAGGUUUUUAAUUCAGUAUAAUUAUUGUUGUUGACAUGCCUCAGAAGACGUUGUAUUUAAUUCAUCAAACCGUGUACUCAACAUGCCUUGAUUUAAGACGUUAUAAUAUUUUUCUGUCGCUAGAUGGCAGUCUUUCACUACACAUCCACGUUAGCUGGUUUUCUGAUAUGAAUCCAAACGGUGAAAACAGAAAGAGUUGAGAGAGAUAUUAAAUUAUGUAUAGUUCUGCUUGCAUUCCUUCUAGCAGCUGGAGUUUAUUACAGAAACUCCUGAACUGAAACAGUUGGUCUGCGGGUUGAAUUCAGUCAUUAAAAUUUGAACAUAGCGUAAUAUGACGGAAAAGUGUUUGUGUAUAUCAGACAUUCCUGAAAAAAAUUACCGUUCUCUGGCUGAAUCAGGCUCAUAUUGGAAAAUAUGCAAUAAUUACAUUUUUUUUUCUACAAUCCAUAUCUUGAAUACUCUGUGACAUGAAAGACAAAUUUUUCACAAAAAAAAUGAUAAGCUGUUGUUGUUGUUUGUCUGAUACAGUCUGCAGAGCUGGUAAAUAAUUUAUGAUGCUGAAUUUUUUUUCACCUUGCUUUAGCUGAAUGCAGUGCCUGUUUGCAGAAAAAUAACCACAGCGGAAACAGAACUAAUAUGUAUAAUAUUGUUUAAUAUGGUUACGCUGAUAUAACUUUUUGUUUUUCUAGUGUAAGGGUAGUAGUGUUCUUACUGGUGAUAUGAUGGAAAAAAAUAUUAGAUAGAGAUAUAAUUCUCCCAGGCAUUUAAUGACAUUUAACUCUCUCUCUAUCUGUGUGGGUGGGUGGGUGUGUUUGUGUAUGGGAGAGAGGGGGCCCAAUAGGUAAGUGUAUAAAAGAAAUAUGGAGAUGAAAUCUCUGUCAGAGGGAGAAUCUGGGGGAACUCGUAUUUGCAUUAUGAAAACAGCACUCAGACAACUAUGAAAUCCCUUCCAACUUGCCUUCUGUAUACAUCGAGGUCCAGAGCACAACCUAAUUUUCAGGUGCUAUCACAGAAAUGUCACAUAUUUUCAUUCAACUUACUGUUACUUGUUUGAGGUUUGCAGAGCAAGGAGUUUCACUGAAGUAAAUGCAACCACCAGCUUGGGCCUAGAUAUCAACAAAAUUGGACACAACCAGUGAAAACUAAAAAAACACUCAGGGGUUGUUUGAACACCCAGUGCACUUAAUGCAGUUAGAUCAUCAAUACACACAGUUCAGCUCACUGUUUCUCCAGGUCGCACAGUCUUGGCUGUAAUGUCAUCAUCAAACAUACUGUAUUCAAAAAACAAAUUCUGUAAAAUUCAGAAGAAAUAAACAGUAAACAAUUUCA